AUGGCGGAGACUUUCGCAUUCAACGCGGACAUCCAGCAGCUGAUGAGCUUGAUCAUCAACACCUUCUACUCCAACAAGGAGAUCUUCCUGCGUGAGCUCAUCUCCAACGCCUCGGAUGCUUUGGACAAGAUCCGCUACGAAUCGAUCACUGAUCCAGACAAGAUCGAGGCGCAGCCCAACUUCUUCAUCAAAAUCAUCCCGGACAAGACCAAUUCGACUUUGACCAUCGAAGACUCCGGCAUCGGCAUGACCAAGAACGAGUUGAUCAACAACCUCGGGACGAUUGCCAAGUCCGGCACCAAAGCCUUCAUGGAGGCCAUGGCAGCCGGCGGCGACAUCUCCAUGAUCGGCCAGUUCGGCGUCGGCUUCUACAGCGCGUACCUCGUCUCGGACAAGGUCCGCGUCGUCAGCAAGCACAACGACGACGA